UCUGACUUAUCUAUAGAAGAUCCACUAAGAUUUAGAGAUAGAGCUUGUUACUUUGUAGGCCCAAUCCAGGCAUUUGAGAAGAAGUAGAAUUGUUAAAAAAAAAAAAAUUAAGGGUAGGCAUAUUUGGAUCUUUGGAAGAGAAUCUCAGUAGACAUUUGUCAAUGUUUGUUAAGUAUAAGCCACUGUAGAAGAUAAAUAGUGAAGAAGUGCUCCAUGACCUAAUGGACAUACUCAUAAUUGUCUUCAUGAUUUCAUUACAGGUUUGUUCUCCUGAGCUCUCAUCUCUGAAACAGGUCUUACAGAAGAGUAAAUGGGACACAGAAACAAUGUGACAGAAUUUGUCCUCUUGGGACUCACUCAGGAUCCUGAGGUCCAAAAAGUGUUAUUUGUCAUGUUUUUGCUCAUCUAUAUGGUGACAAUGGUGGGAAACGUGCUCAUUGUCAUGAUCAUUAUUGUCAGCCCCUCCCUGGACUCCCCCAUGUACUUUUUCCUUGCCUAUCUGUCACUCAUGGAUGCUGUUUAUUCUACUGCCAUUUCUCCCAAAAUGAUUCUAGACUUACUCUGUGAUAAAAAGACUAUUUCCUUCUCAGCUUGCAUGGGCCAGCUCUUUAUAGAACACUUAUUUGGUGGUGCUGAGGUCUUUCUUCUGGUGGCAAUGGCCUUUGACCGCUAUGUGGCCAUCUGUAAGCCACUAUAUUACUUGACCAUCAUGAAUCGACAGGUUUGCAUUCUGUUGCUGGUGGUGGCCUGCGUUGGAGGAUUUUUGCACUCUGUGGUUCAACUUCUCUUUGUGUACAGCCUCCCCUUCUGUGGCCCCAAUGUCAUUGAUCACUUCGGCUGUGACAUGUACCCGUUAUUGGAACUUGCUUGCACCGACACCUAUUUUAUAGGCCUCACUGUUGUUGCCAAUGGUGGAGCCAUCUGUAUGGUAAUUUUUAUCCUUCUACUAAUCUCCUGUGGGGUCAUCCUAAACUCCCUGAAGACUCACAGUCAGGAAGGGAGGCGCAAAGCGCUGGUUACCUGCAGCUCCCACAUCACAGUGGUUGUCCUCUUUUUUGUCCCCUGUAUUUUCUUGUAUGUUAGACCUGUUUCCAACUUUCCCAUUGACAAAUCCAUGACUGUGCUGUAUACAGUUAUCACUCCCAUGUUGAAUCCUCUGAUAUACACCUUGAGAAAUUCUGAGAUGAAAAAGGCUAUGGAAAAAAUCUUAAGUAAAAAGUUAACUACAGGUAGCGUAAAAAUGUGUGCCCACACUGAAAAUACCGUUGCUAAUUCUAAAGCAGGAAAUAGGCAAUAA